ACGCGCCUUAUACCACCCCGAACGCAUCGUUAUACCCCCUGCCGUGACAUACAGAAUAGGACACCACCAUCACACCAGCACCGCCAUCGUAAUUGCCAAACAUGCCCCACCUCCGCGUUCUCGCUGGUCCGUCCGAGACCGCGCUUGUCCCGCUGAAGGUGAACUCCGGCGUUCCGGUCAAGAUAUCCUCCGACGCGUUCGAGGGCGAAGUCGCGGUCUUUAUCAAGGGCCUCUCGGACGCCGAGGGCGGCAAAGAGGACAGUGACUACUUCCGCAAGCGAAGCGGUGUUACCUGGAGUAUCCAAGUGCAAGGCCGAUUCCUUCGCGAAUACAGCGCGGACGACCUCCUCUUCGGCAAUGUCUUCGAGCGGCCAUUCAAAUUGCCGUGGGGAUUCGGCGCGGCUCUCAAAUUCAUGCACUUCGUAGACCCUACCUUGGAGCACGACCUGGCGUCACGCAGCAAGCCCUGGGCGCUCUCCCCCCUCGUCGCGACGAUGCCGUACUUCCGUUCACAACGCAGCACCCCGGGCACGCCUGCUCCGCAAUUUCCGCCUAAAGAGCCACUGAGCGACGACGCGUCGCAACUCCGCACGACGUCCGCGUCCACGUCCAGCCCGGGAGGCGGGAAGCUCAAAGGCAGCCCGUCCAAGCGCCGUGGAUACUUCGCGAACGCGCUGCGUCGGCAAGAGGUUGUCUUUGGUCCAGAGGACAUCGUAACCACGGACUUCUGCUACGACUUCCUGCAGUUCAGCCAUAGUGGGAUCGCGCUGCGCCUCCCAGGCGGCAUCACCAUUGACGUGAUGAAGUACUGGGACGGCCAGCCGGUGCGCUUCGUGUGCUGCGAGCGCGUGAAGAAGGGCGAGCGCGCCGAUAAGCCAUGGGGCCGCAUCCUGUGGUGCGUUGUGAUCGAGCCGGCGGAGGGCGAUGCAGUGCCGGUGUACGAGAAGGGGAGCGCGAGCAGCAGCGGGAGCGGGAGCGACGUUGAUUGAGUGCGCUCAUCGCGGCUUGGGGUUUGUGUAUGAUAGUUUCGGGGUUCGGUGGACAAUAUUCUGGAUAUUCUCUUGUGUAGCAUAGUAGACUCUUGGUUAUAUACGGCGCAAAGCGCGCCGUCGAGCUCUCCACAUCCGC